AUAUAAAUGGUCAUUUUUCCUUGACGGAUUCAUCAUUUUUCAUCUUUUCUUCUCCUUCUUCCGUGUUUUUGUGCUGUUCAUCCAAAGGAGGAUCCGGUCUCUCUGUCAGGAGUCGCUAUGGCUUCCAAGCGGAUCUUGAAGGAGCUCAAAGAUCUUCAAAAGGAUCCUCCUACUUCUUGUAGUGCUGGACCUGUUGCUGAGGACAUGUUUCAUUGGCAAGCAACGAUCAUGGGUCCUCCAGACAGUCCUUAUUCUGGUGGAGUUUUCCUGGUGACAAUCCAUUUUCCUCCAGAUUAUCCAUUCAAGCCACCUAAGGUGGCUUUCAGGACAAAAGUUUUCCACCCAAACAUAAACAGCAACGGAAGCAUAUGCCUUGACAUUUUAAAGGAGCAGUGGAGCCCUGCCCUAACAAUUUCCAAGGUGUUGCUUUCGAUAUGUUCACUUCUGACGGACCCUAAUCCUGAUGAUCCUUUGGUCCCGGAGAUUGCACACAUGUACAAGACAGACCGGAACAAGUACGAGAGUACUGCAAGGAGCUGGACCCAGAAAUAUGCCAUGGGCUAAAUGCACAUUGGUAUUUGUGGGAUCAGGACAUUGUACUUUCAGACACUUUGUUAUUUACAUUGAAUAUAUUAAUGAGUUCAUCUGUUCUUUGAGGGGGAGGAAAAUGAUGGAUGCUGCUCUUUAAUAGUUGUAUGAACAAUUUGAUCUUUGAAAGAAACCAAUGAAUUAACCUUUUCUUAUA